UCAAACCUGAGACAUCUGUUUGUUGGGAGAGAGAGAGAGAGAGAGGAGAGAGAGAGAGAGAGACGCGUCGGAGGAGAGAGAGAGGGUUGGGGUUUUUUGUUCAGGCGCAGAGAACCGCGGCCAUGGCAGAGUUGAAUGAUUCUGUUUCUGUCGAUAUGGAGACAAUCUCACUCGGUGGAAAGGAACAUUUUAUAAAAACUGGCCGUGGUUCUGUGUCUGUAAUUGUGUAUGGAGAUCAAGACAAGCCAGCACUGGUUACUUAUCCUGAUUUAGCUCUAAAUCACAUGUCUUGUUUCCAAGGGUUGUUCUUUUUCCCUGAAGCGGCUUCACUGCUGCUCCACAACUUCUGCAUUUACCAUAUUAGUCCUCCUGGACAUGAGUUGGGAGCUGCUGCAUUUUGUCCAGAUGAUCCUGUGCCUUCUGUUGAUGACCUAGCUGAUCAGGUCAAUGAGGUGCUCAAUUUCUUUGGGCUUGGUGCAGUAAUGUGCAUGGGCGUCACAGCGGGUGCUUAUGUCCUCACACUUUUCGCCAUGAAAUAUAGGGAGCGUGUUCUUGGUUUAAUACUUGUUUCCCCUCUCUGCAAGACACCCUCUUGGUCGGAGUGGUUGUUUAACAAGGUGAUGUCAAAUUUGCUAUAUUUCUAUGGGAUGUGUGGUUUGAUGAAGGAUUGUUUACUUCAGCGGUACUUCAGCAAGGAAGUCCGUGGUAGUGCAGAAGUUCCUGAAUCAGAUAUAGUUCAAGCAUGCAGAAGAUUGCUAGAUGAGAGGCAAAGCAUAAAUGUGUUGCGGUUUCUUCAAGCAAUUGAUAGGAGACCGGAUAUCACCGAAGGAUUGAAGAGACUCAGGUGCCGAACCCUCAUAUUUGUGGGGGAUAAUUCUCCUUUCCAUUCGGAGGCCCUCCACAUGACUUCGAAGCUUGAUAGAAGAUACAGUGCUUUAGUUGAGGUUCAGGCUUGUGGAUCAAUGGUGACGGAGGAGCAGCCGCAUGCAAUGCUGAUACCAAUGGAGUACUUCCUUAUGGGAUAUGGAUUGUAUCGGCCGUGCCAUUUCAGUGAGAGCCCAAGGAGCCCUCUCAGCCCCUCUUGCAUCUCCCCGGAGCUUCUCUCUCCAGAAAGCAUGGGGUUGAAGCUAAAACCGAUAAAGACACGUGUUUCGUUCCAUGCUUGAAGUGCAAGGAAAGGAAGUAGAAGGAUAUUUUGCUUUGCUUGCUUCUAAAGUGAUUCAGAAGUCCAGUUAAUUUUGUGUUCAGUAAAUUUUGAUUCCCUGAGGGAGGAAGGGGGGGGGGGGGGAAUGUGGGUUGGUUGGAAUAUUGUAGAUAUGGAAUGAAAGGUUUUUUUUAAAAAAAGAAUAGAGGGAGAGAGAGAGAGAGAGGGAGAUAGAGGAGUUGAAUUCAUUCAUUUGUAGUAAAGUCAUAAACUUUCGUGAUUGAGCUGUAUGUACAUCCUUAAAAAAGAGGCAUUUAUUUGUGAUGAUGAGCAAAUUAAUAUUAGUGAAACCAAAUGAAAUUAUGUGCUAA